AUGCUGAGAUAUCACAAGGUUCCAUUUCAGUUGAGGUUUCUGCGGCAUCAGCACCUCUCCCGUUCUCGACCAACGAGGGAAGAACAUAGUCAUGACACCUCCCUAUUUUUAAACCAUGGCUAUGAAGAGCAGUUCUCUGCGGAGGUGCCUAAUCACUGGUUCUUGAGCCCGACGUCUGUUGAGAACAUUCGUUCCAACAACACUCCUCAACAAGUGAUUCGUGAAUUAAGAUCAUUCGACGAUUUUGGGUUGCUGUCUGCUCAAAUUAUCGAUAACAAUGCUGCACAAACGCUCACUAAGGCGCCAUUCAUGGAUAAGCUGUUGAGUUAUGAUGCUCCGUCAAUAAACAACGCUGGUGCUAUCCCCACUACUGCGGACCCGUCGGAGCUGGGUGGAUCAUCAGAAGCUAGUGAUAUUGAACAAUUAGAAGAACUCAUCGAUCAAGGGUACGACGUCUCUGCGGUGCUGCGUGACCUGUCUUCAGUUGAUUUGCAGGGAGAGGACUAUUCUGUUGCGGAAGCCGUGGUUUCUAAACCAGAUGUGCAGGAGAAAUCAAGGCAGCGUAGCGAAUUAAACCCAUUACCAGUAGGAAAAGCAGUUGAAGAUGGCUCAGCUCGCUAUGAAGCUAUUAAACAGUAGUAGCUCAUUGUAGGUUGAUCUUAUUAUUCGCGAUAGCUAUGACGUCGAUGAAGCUGUCAUGUUUGUCCAGGACUUCGCUGUUUGUAAUCGUCGAGGAUUUCUUCAUGAUGUGAAUGGUGUCCGACUAGCGCUCCGUGUUGCCCGUGACAGUGGAUCAGUAGAGGCAGCUUCGGAGAUGUUACGAAAUUUUCGUAAUAUGUUCCUUGUGAAGUCUCCUGUAACAUCAAAAUCAACUGCCCCAGCAUUGAUCUUGGAGGAUUUCUACUCGACCUUAUGCUCUCUUGGGCCAUUGGAACAAGUGGAAACCGUUCACAAAGUGAUGAUUUCUUUGGGAUUCGAUAGGAGCUCUGACAUUUUUAUCCGCAGCAUCACCCAUUUCCUGAUGGAGAAAAGUAAUACUAGCCAAGUGUUCGGUAGAUGGAAACGGCUUUCUGAGCGAUAUGGGACUACUAGUGGAGUUGAGCUGUUAUGGCAGGGAUUAUUCACAUCUGUAGAAAAUCCAGUAGAACAGGCUCGGCUGGUUGGCAAACUGCUCAAGCACUGUUGUCAACACGAACACCCUUUUGCUGUUCUUUCCAGUUUAGUUAUGACAUUAGUCCACCUGAAACUUCUUGA